AAUAGAAAAAAAUUCCAAAUCCCAGUUAAAACAUGGCUGAUAUUUUGAUCGUAUCCAGCGAAAUUUUGCAAGAAGUUAUAAGAUUUUCCGACCGUGAACUAGAUUACUUUUUUAGCGAAAAGUGAACGAUUUAAAAUCAAACUAAAAUGGAAAACUCUGGAUUGAAUAAUAGUGGAGGUCCCGGUGAUAAUGAUGGUGAAGGAGAAGAUCAAGACGACCCGUCUUCUUCGUUUAACGUUCAGGAUGAGUUGACUUAUUUUCGAGAAAAAUGGCAUAAGGAGCUUAGAGUUCAACCAAAAACAAUAAAACAAAGUGUUUCUAAAGAAGAACGAAGCAGAAAUGAGACUGACAUUGAUCCAACUGGAACUGACGAGGAAAGUAGAGCUCGUAUGCUUUUUUACAAAGGAAUAGAAAUGGAAAAAUCUGGAAAAUUAUAUGAGGCCAUUCAAUUCUAUCGAAAGGCAGUUCAAAUCGUGCCAGAUAUUGAAUUCAAACUUGACUAUAGGCCAAAACAUAUCAACUUAAAGAAUGAGAGACCUCCAGAAGUUACUGAAGAGAUUGAAGAGACUGAAGAUUCCAGUGACGAUUCUGACGACAGUGAAAUCAUAGAGGAAAGCCAGUUGUUACCAAAAAUACAGAGAAGAGUGUCCAAAAUGAGAUUUUUGUGUUCACCGAAGUUUGAUCAAACAGGUACACAUAUAUCUUUUUUACCUGUGGAAAUACUACUCUACAUUCUCAGAUGGGUUGUAUCCAGUGAUUUGGACUUGAGAUCUAUAGAAAUGUUUGGAUUAGUUUGCAGAGGAUUUUAUUUGUGUGCUCGUGAUCCAGAAAUUUGGCGAUUGACAUGUUUGAGAAUAUGGGGUUUGAAUUGUGGUUCAUCUCCUGGCAUGUACGGUACAUGGAGAAACAUGUUCAUUGAAAGGUCCAGAUUGAAUUUCAACGGGUGCUACAUAAGUAAAACCACGUAUAUCAGACAUGGGGAAAAUAAUUUUCAAGAUCAGUUUUACAGACCAUGGCACCUAGUUGCUUACUACAGAUAUUUAAGGUUUUUCCCUGAAGGACUGGUAUUAAUGUUAACCUCUCCAGAUGAGCCUUCGCUUUGCGUACAACAAAUGAAGUCUCGCAGUCCUAGACAGCCUGUAAUGGUUGGGUAUUACAGACUGAAGGAUGACAAAGUUACAUUGGUUGUACAGCGGCAAGAUACGUCCAGGGCUGUCCAGAGUACCUACAGAAAAGGAUUGAGACGGAGAGAAAUGGAAAAUGCCGAGCAAACCUUUCAUAUGGAAUUGGAAAUAAAAAACCACAAGAAUAAACGUCAUUUUAAGCUAGUCUGGACUUAUUAUUCGGUGUUUACAAAGUACAAGCAUGGUCAAGAGAGCACUUGCACUUUCGAUCUGAUAGCCAAUCGGUUUCCUCCGUUGAUGUUUUCCAGGGUCAAGAGCUUCACUUCGGAUAUUGCUUGCUUUUUCUCCUAG